GUCGCUCUGAUUCGCUGUUUUGACUUUUUUUAUUUUCACAUAAAAGAUUGAGCAUGUUGGAGCUUUUUUGUAUCAUUAAACGACAUUAAACGUUCCCCAAAUGGGAAAAAUAAAUUAUCUUGACUGUGAAUACUGUUCACCAUAUUACGAUAAAGUUAAUAUACAUUGUUGGGCGUGUAUAUUAUUUUUGUUAACAAUGAGUUUGUUGGUAUGCGUUGGACAAAAAUAGAUAAACGUUAUGGUGUUCAGUGUAAUGACGUAUACACAAUCAAUUGGGUAUUCACAGGCUAAAGGACAAGAUACGGGUCAAAUUUAAUGCAAGUGAGUAAUCAAAAGCGGGUAUGGAAGUGCUCAAAACAUCCCAAGAAAUAGUGCACGAGGGAUGGCUAAUUAAAUCGCCACCUACUAAACUUUGGCGAGCGAGGUGGAGAAAACGAUGGUUUGCUCUUCGUCAUAGCGGUGAAUUGCCAGGACAAUAUUUUUUAGAAUAUUAUACAGAUAAGAGAUGUCGAAAACUCAAAGGGCACAUCGAUCUUGAUCAGUGUGAACAGGUUGAUGCCGGUUUACGAUUUGAAAAUCGCAAACAAAAAUAUCAAUAUAUGUUCAACGUGAAAACACCAAAGAGGAUUUAUUAUUUGGUGGCUGAGAGUGAAUCAGAUAUGAAUAAAUGGGUAGAUGCAAUAUGUCAAGUCUGUGGAUUAAAAGCAUAUACUCAGGAUGAAGAACAACAACUAUUCCACUUUGAGUCUCAAGAAUCACCGCCCAUAUCACCUACAAGUACCAUAUCAGGCCCUUACAUUCCCAUCAGUGAAUGUAUUUCCGGUCGACGUUUAAAUGAUACUAGCUCUCUAAGUUCAGCUAUAAGUCAUGGUCCUGAACAUUACGACGCUCCUCGGAGACUCGCUCCAUCUCCAUCAAGAUCACCAAUUACAACAGAUGCAGAAAGUGUUUUCACUGAUGACGAAUGGACAACACCGAUUCCGAGUGUCAAUUGGGAAACUUUUCCCUCUUCUGGUGAUUCAAAACUUUCUCAGAAUUUGAGUGAUCCAAAAAUUUGUUCAUGGAGUGUGAGCAAACGUUUUGGUAAAUUUAAAAUUGUUGAUUCCGCCAUACCUACAGCUGAUGAGUCAGUUCGGGCUCCACCACGACCACCAAAACCAUCUCACAUGACAUUAGAAAAUAUUGGACAUAAUUAUUUGAACUUAGAUGGUGCUACUGAAAGUUCUAAACCAACAACACCAGCGACACCCGCACCAUCGACACCAGCAACUGCAAUAAUCUCUGAUGAAACAUAUGAUUUUCCGCGCUCUCAUCAAAUAGGUACUUCAAGUGUAACUAGUACUGAUACCUCUACAACCGGGCGGACACCUAGGCAUUGUUAUAGUAAUGCUGCACCAUCUUCUGUUGACGAUCGUAUAUUUAGAUAUGAUUUUAAUGAUGAUGAACCAUCCAGUCCUCGUUCUGAGAGCUCAACCACUGCAACUUAUUCUAAUUUGCCAAGUCCACUAAUAAGAGAUUCUUCGAGUAGUGUAUCAUCAACUGUUGUUCUUCCACCGCCUGUCGUUUAUCGAGAAUUAAAACCUGGAAGAAAAACGAGUGAUACAACUUCUAUUAUUAGUAAUGAACCAUCGCCUGGUCCUACUUUAUCUGCUCCAGAAAUGAGUCCUACUGAUCAUUUAGCUACUGAACCACCACGCAUUAAUCGGAAAUUGAAACCCCCGCUAACCAAACUCCCUACUAAGGGACCACUUCAAUUGGCUUCACCACCUGGUAAAAAUAAAUUGCGAGCAGCUCCCAGCCCUACGCCACAUGCUCACGGACAUAGUACACGACAUUGUUCAACAUCAGACGAAGAUAACAAUAUUGUGGAUGAUAAAGAGGAGAUUUACUAUUAUCAGGAUAAUAAUACUUUUAUACCGGCUUCAAAUCGAAGAUUAGUAGUUUUACAAUACUUAGAUCUUGAUUUAGAAGCUUCUGAAAGUUUUGCUUCAUCAACAUUACCGCCGGCUCAAUCGCCGCCUAAUACUACUGUUUAUAAAACUGUGGAUUUUUUGAAAACCGAUGCCUUUAAUCGUACAAGACAACGAGUUGAAGAAGAGAGAAAACGUACUGAUGAAUUAGCUUAGACUAUCUGUCUGUCAAAAUAAGCGAUGCAUAGAUUAUUUUUGAUAAGGUUAAUUUAAAAGAGUGUACUGGAGACAUUGCAUUUGACAUCGCAUUUUGGAUAUUUGAGUAUCAAAAAUAACGUAAAGGUUGACAUAUUUUAACAUUAAAAACAUCAAUAUUUUAUGCAAAUAUAGUGUUCUAAUAAAAAAUCAGCAUUUUUACUGCAAUGGGUAGCAAUAUUUUUUAUUAAGAACCAAAAAUAUAAUAUUUAAGAAUUAGAGAAAACGGUAAAUUUUAUAAAAACAAGUAUAUUGUGAGUGUAAAAUUUUUUGAUUUUAAUUACAAUGAUACAUUGGUUUUUUUAGUAAAAAACUGAAUUUAGAAUUGGAAAAACAAAAAACAUUUUACGAUUUGUAAUCUUGAUAUAAACAUAAUUUAGAAAUGAGCUGUUUUAAAAUAAGAGUAUAAAUAUUAAAAAAAAAAAAAAAAAAAAAAAGAGUUCGUUUCAA